AUGAAGCAAAACGCCAUUCGCACAAUCUUCUUCCUUGUCUGCUGCCUUCUCGUUGUGUUGUCACCUUCGCACGCUGCUACGGUCAAACGCGCUAUCGGUGAUGUUGGAUAUGCCGUAUUUACGGCGACAACCGCUCUUCCUGUAUCUGGAACCGUCACAUUUUACCAAUUAACCGCAACAGACACUCUCAUUUACGGUCAAUUUAAUACUGGAGUUACAAAGUUCCCCCCUUGCAAACUGAUAGUUGAAACAGGAGGCGCCGGAACUGACUUGACGUCCAACAUCGCCGGAACUACAAACCAAGCCUUUCAAUUCACUCUUCCGAAUAAGAUUCUUCAAACUUUCAAGGACAAAAAUCUCGAUGUCAUAUGCGGUGCACUGGUUGGCAGUGCGCCCAUCACAGUCAUCCCAUAG